UAAAUCAAAAGUCCAAACAGAGAUCCAAUAGAUGAAGGAUCAAUAUAUACGUACCUUUGAGAAAAAUCUAAAGGCCUUUUUCAACAUCGUGCUUAUACAAGAGAGAAACUACAGAAGGAAGGCACCGAACGAAAGAAACCGCAGGCCUUCAAGUGGCUGCUGCAAAACAGAAUACGAAGAUGAGAGGGUAAUCUAUGGAAUUUUAUAUUUGUUUCAAUCCGCCAAAACCUAAACGCUCCGAUUUGUAGCGUUUUUGGUUUUGGCAGCUUCAUCCCAAAUGCCGUGCUAAACUCCAUUUGCCAAACAGAAUAAAAACAGAGGUUUGAGUCCUCCGAAACGCCGAUGCAGUCAAAGAGUCAAAGACACCGAUUUUGGACUGAAACGCCGAUAUCCAAACGAAGCCAAUACCAUCAGGUAGUUGGAUUAUGAGCUUUCACUUGUUAUUUGUUCAGUUCAAUAUGUAUUAUUCUGGAAUACAGAAGAAAAAAAGAGCCGCCCAGGAGACGUUCUAUAGUAAAGAGGAGUUUGAGGAGAAUACAUAUUGCGGCUUAAAAGUCGGAUUGGAGAAUUGCCAAGGAAUUAGGAUUGUAUUUUGAAGAGUUUGAAUUGUAUACAGAUUGCGGCUUAAAAGUUUGAGGAGAUUUGAAUUGCAUUUUGAUUGACUCCUGGCUGCAACAUACGGAGUAUUUAGCCCAAGUACUCAAAUUGCACAGGCUAUCUACCGGACCUACAAUUUAUGGACCAAUUCAGCAAACAGGCCUCUUCGUAAAACUUUAAAUAUUUGGAAAUUCGCUGCUCUUAUAUUCUAAAUGGUUGAAUCAGAAUAAUCAAGGUUUAAAUGGCCUUAUCGAUUAGUUGUGGCUACCAUCUAGGAAUGAAAUUUUUCUCUCCAAACACGGGUUUCGAUCUUUGCAAGAUCGUCUUUCCACUUGCUACCCUACAGCCCUCCGAUUAUAUCUUCUAAAUCGUCUACACUAACAAUCCCGGGUUACCAUCCGGUAACGCCUAGGUUUUGUUUGCCGUCGGCUUCUGCCAAGGUUGCUUCGGCCGCCGCUGGUCGGUGGUGAGGAGAGCGGUUAUUUUCAAGUUAUCUGGAGCUUCAUUUUGUGAGCUGUGGUGCCUGUUUUGUGGAGUUCUCGGCGGAAUAAGGGGUUUUCACGCAGCCGUGCUUUACGCCGGAGGUUGUUUUCUGCUUUAGUAGUGCGUAGGUGCUGCGAUAGGAAGCUACUGCGUAGGUAGGCUAAACAGCGGCUAUCCGGAAGGAAAACAAGGCAGUGGUUUGAAUGGAAGGUGUAGUGGAUAAGUAUAAGAAGAUGGCGAUUGGGGCAGAGGAAGAAGAGCUGGAUCUGGAUCCGGACUGAAUCGAUGUGGAGGAGAGAUCGGUGGAGGAGAGUAGACCGGGAUUUCCGGUGUUGGCAGUGCUCUUGACAGAUCGUAAGGUCAGAUUUUCAGCUAUCAAAGAGCUCAUGGCUUCAUUUUGGAGGCCGAGAAAAGGACUUUUGAUCAAAGAAGUUGGUGAAAAAGGUAUCUCUUUACCUUCUAUCAUCGUGUGGAUAUGAAUCGUGUGGAUAUGAAUCGUGUGAAUAUGAAUCGUGUGCUUGAGGGAGGCCCGUGGCAAUUUGAACGCAAUUUGUUGUUGUUGAAAGAAGUAAAGCCUGAUGACAUCCCCCAUAAAAUUGUGUUAAAUGAGGCUGAUUUUUGGGUUCAAAUUUUAUAAUGUUCCAUAUAGCCUAGUAAAUUUAGGCAUUGCUAGGAGUGUUGGGAAUUUUAUUGGAAAAUUUAUAAAAUGUGAUUAUAAUCAAAACAGUGAGAAGUGGGAGACUUAUAUGAGAAUUAGGGUGUGCAUGAAUGUGGAUAAACCUCUGAAAAGAGGAACUAAUCUGAAGAAGGAAGGAAAGAGCUAUUAGGUGGACUUAAAAUAUGAAAAGUUUCCCAACUUCUGUUUUAUUUGCGGUUUAUUUGGGCAUUGAGAUAAAUUCUGCCAUUUAAAUUAUAAAGAAGAUCUGGUUCCGGAAAAACAUUUUGGGGUCUAGCUUAGAGCAGGUAGCGGGGGGAAGACGAGUCCCACACGAGGAAGCCAAUGGAUACUGGAUGGUUCAUCGAGCUCUAGCAGAGACCACAAGUAUGGGGGAAUAAUAAGUCUAAUGGCAGGAUGGGGGGUGAUAGGAAAGAGUCUGUUGUAGAUUCAGAGCAGAGCACAACUAAAGGUGUGGGAGUUGAGGCAAAGGAAGAAACAUCGGGGGAACAAAAGAGAAGAAGGAUAUGGGAUGCACAGGGAGAAGUUAAGAAUGGGGAGGAUGACAUGGCUCUUGAUGACACAAAAAACGGGGAGGGGGCGGACAUUGACUUGCAUGUCCGCCUAAGUUGAUAAAAGAACCAAUGCAGAAGUUUUGGGUACUCGUGCAGUUCGGCAAGCUCGGACAACAACUCGAGUUUAUCAACUUUAUUUUUUUCUGUUAUGACAAUUUUGUUUGCUUUGUGUUUUGUUUUUUUGUUCCAUUCUGUAAGACAGUGGAUUUGGAUAUGGGGGAUGAAAGGAUUGAGGUAACCGUCUUGGACUCAUUUGUGUCCAUUAAUGGAUCAACGAGUUAUAUCGCUUCAUUUGAGAUGAUUAACUCUGAGUCUGAUUCGUGGGACAAUGGUUGUCAAGAUUCUUUUUGUCGGCUUACCCAUUAUGUGUUAUCAAUAUAAAUCUAUUUCUUCCAAAAAACG